AUGAAUGGAACGAGACAGGUUCGGAAAGGAACCAGCAAGCUCGCGUCAGUGAGCAUGUUGGCGGCCUUGUCCGUAGGUUGGUUGGCACUAAUGCCUGCUAUUUUGAUUGCGGCGACAUCGAUCGAACAAGUAUUAACCAACCAAGACUUCCCGGUGUUGCUUGAGCGAUUUCUUGCGGUGACCGCACCGGCUUUGUCGAUAUCAGCGAUGAGUGCUCCCCUGCUGAUGUGCUACAGGGCGGUGAAGAGCGGGAACCCGAACCAUGGCCUACAAUGGCCGUUGUUUAUUUCCUUUGGGGUAUCAUGUUGUCUAGGUGUUGCCUACGGCUUGCGUCAAGACGUCUACGCCAUCGUAGCCUCUUCCGCCGUGGGCGCUUUGGUGCAGAUGAUUUCACUCGGCUGUGUCUACGGACUUGGAGAAGGACCCCACCGCUCCUCGGCAUAUCUCUUCGAUCGAGUUGCCAUGUGCCUCCCGCGCGGUUACCGGUCCAUCCGGCUCGCCUUCCAUUGGCUGCUAUACACCGUACUCGUUGGAACAUGCGUGGCCGCCCUCAUGUUCUUCGCCUACGCUAUCCCUCUCCAUACCGCACUCGGACCUAUUUACAGUCUCACCUGCGUCCUGCCAUAUCUUGCCACCUUCAUCACACUACCCAGAGACAUCGCCUCCUACCGAGAAUGGGCUGCCCUCCCACUCAACGCCGCAGGCAAAAGAGAAGGACCCAAAGGCGUAGACCUUACAACCCUAGCCACAAUGCAAGUCAACAACGCCCUCUGGUUCUGGUAUGGCUUCCUUAUCAAAGACUCGGCUGUGCUUACUUCUUCGACAUUUUCGUUUAUCGCUGCUGCUGUGCAAAUCGUCGUGUACCUAUGUCCUGUGAUUGACUUGCCAUGGAAAGGCUCAAUGAUACGUUUGGACCCUGCCUACAUGUUCCUUGGCGAAGGUUGUUUGGAUAAGAAAGGCGGUAUAGGACCCCGACAGAGCUCAGACGCGCGCAAUUUUAUAGGACUAGAGCUGACUAACCGCGAGAGUCUAAGUCAAUCUGCUUUGCCGUACUUUACCCUGUCGGAAAACCGGGCAGUUGUCCCCACACUGGUCACAGAAGUGGAUCCGUACACGGAAGGGAAUUCACAUUCCUACGCCCACGACAACUCGCAGCCGUACGCUUCUUGGGGCCUAUGGCAAAGUGUGUCAACCAACACUGCGGGUCCCAGCCCCAUGGACGACGCCAAUCUCGAGUGCAUUGUCUAG